AUGGCAGAACUGAAACCAACACAUAUUAGCUGGCAGCCUUCAGUAAAUGCAAGAGCACACCAUACUGACAGAUAUGCCAACACUGAGCUGACCGUGAGGCGUGGACAACCCUUCACUAUUACUCUGUACUUCAACAGACAAAAGUACCCUGGGGAGAGCCUAGCCUUUGUCACUGAAAUAGGACCAGCCCCCUCAGAAUCCCAUCGUACAAGAGCUGUAUUUAACCUCUCUGAGGUGGGAGCAAGUGGCUGGAGUGCUGCCCAGGGACCCAGUGAGUCUGGACAUAUGACCUUUAUAAUAUCUAGCCCAGCUAAUGCCAUCAUUGGACGAUACAAUCUCAUCCUCCAGGUAAACUCAGGGAACAAGAUCUUCUCCAGAUUCCUGGGGCAGUUUGUGAUUCUUUUCAAUCCUUGGUGCCCAGGUGAUGAUGUCUACAUAGCUAAUGAAAAUGAGAGACAGGAAUAUGUUCUAAAUGAAAAUGGAAUUAUUUUUGUGGGCAAUGCAAAGUACAUUGAAGCAAGAGGAUGGUACUACGGACAGUUUCAAGAUCACCUCCUAAACAUCUGUCUCACCAUGCUUGAUCUGAGUCUAUACUAUCGUCAGGAUCCAGCUGUUGAUGUAGCUCGAAGAGGAGAUCCUAAAUAUGUGGGUCGAGUCAUUAGUUCUAUGAUCAAUGGAAAUGAUAAUGAUAAUGGAGUUCUCCUGGGAAAGUGGCAAGGAAGUUUCCACUCACAUGAGAAUCCAUCCAGAUGGGAUGGCAGCGUAGUAAUCCUCCAGAAAUGGCGUCAGGAUAACUACAGGCCUGUUCAAUACGGCCAGUGCUGGGUGUUUGCAGGUGUGAUGUGUACAGUUCUGAGGUGCUUGGGGAUCCCGACUCGUUUGGUUUCCAAUUUUAACUCUGCCCACGAUGUGGACAGAAACCUGAGCAUUGAUAAGUACUACGACAGCUCUGGAAAAAGUCUUAAUAUCAGCAAGGAUUCCACAUGGGAUUAUCAUGUCUGGAAUGAAAGCUGGUUCAUUCGCCCAGAUCUGGGAACACGAUACAAUGGAUGGCAGGUUUUAGAUGCGACUCCACAGGAACAAAGCAAAGGAUUAUUCCAGUGCGGCCCUGCAUCUGUUGUAGCCAUCAAAGAAGGCGAUGUAGACCUGGAUUACGACACCUUAUUUGUGUACACAGAGGUGAAUGCCGAUUGCAACAGAUGGAUUGUAUACAAUGAUGGAACUAAGAAAAGAGUUUAUUGUGAUACUGAAAUAAUCGGCAGGUUUAUCAGCACCAAAGCUGUUGGCAGCAAUUCCCGUGUGGAUAUCACUUAUAACUACAAAUAUCCAGAAGGCUCUUCUGAAGAAAGAAGAGUUUACAGAAAGGCCUUGGCCAAGAUAUUUGGAUCACACAUCACAGAAGGACACACUGCUUCCCCACAUGAAAGAUCUUCAGACUCAAUGAGAAACCCUGGGAUCUCUGGGAAGUUCAAGCUGGCUGAACCUCCAGUGUUUGGCAAAGACAUUAACCUCAUCUUAAUUCUCAAUAACCUAUCCACUGACCACAAGACUGUGAAAGUGGACAUCAGCGCAUCAAGUGUCCUGUACACCAGGAGAGCAGUGGCAGAGAUCCUGAAAGCAAACACCUCUGUGGAUCUUGGUUCUAAGCAAGAGAAACACAUCCGGUUAAAGAUCCCUUAUGCUUACUAUGGGAAAUACUUGACUACUGACAAAAGGAUCCAAGUCACUGCUUUGUGUGAAGUCAUGCAUGGGGUUAAGCUGCUGGUGGAGAAGACAAUCAUUUUAGAGGACACAAACAUUAUCAUUAAGAUUCCUCAUCGGGUUGUAGUGAACAGAGCUGCUACUAUAGAGAUCUCCUAUGCCAAUCCACUCCCUGAACCUGUGGACCGCUGUGUUCUCCUGGUGACUUUGAUGAAUCAGCAGGUCAAGAUACAUCUAGCACGACUGGCACCAAGGGAGAGAUCAAGAAUUUAUUUUGAAUUCACACCCCGCAGGACUGGGCCCUUACAGCUGCAAGUAGACUUCUCUUGUGACAAAUUUUCACAUGUCAAGGGCUUUGUAACCAUUGCAGUAGCACCUGCAUAACACGAUGGAGUCAGUCUCCUAUUUCAGCAUUAUCACAACAGGUCUUUCUUCUCCAAAUAGGGAACAAUGAUCUCUCAUAUUACAAUAGAGUUAAGUUCUCUGCUUUUACAGCACUUCAUUAUUUAGUCUCUAACUGUACUUCCUUUUUUCUUUUUGUCAUGACAUCUAGAGAAGUAAACCUUCUUUCCUUGUAUAGAUAGUUUCACUGUUACAUUAAAUCUACUGAUUGCAUUAAGCUUCAGAUUUUGACUUUUCCAUCAAAUAAUUAAUGCAAUCUCUUCAUAAUCUCAUUCUAGCUACCAGCAAUAAAUAAAAGCUAUUAAAAUAACUGUAUUCUUUUGUAAUGAAACAUACAUUACAUGAAAAUAUUAUGAGAAAUCACAAGACUGAGGAAAGCUUCUUUUCCUGUAUUUAACAAGCUUCUUACAUUACAAAGUGGAUCUCUUCCUCCAUUGUUCAGCAUCUAGUGAUACCUGUGACUUUGUGAAUGGGGAAAAAAGCCAACAAAAACUAGGAAAACAGUCUUCCCACAGCCUGUGGGCACAGGCCUGCAAUGGAGCAGACAAUUCACAUACUUAUUCAAAUCAGUAAUGUCACCAACUCCCAGGCAGCAUGAAGCACAGGAAGAGACUUGCAUUAAUAUAAAAGCUCAGUAACAUGAGGUAACUAACAUUUUUUUCCCACCACUUUGUAUGGUCACUAGACACAAAGAACAUAUUUAUCAUCACAACACAACACAAGUUGUCCACAGGCAGAACCUGCUCCACACUUCUGUCACAGUGUUUGCAUACAGAUGUCUCUUUUGAGAGCUCCUGAUCCUAUCAAUGCCAGGCAUCAGGCCUCACCCAAACCACACUUUCAAAUAUAAUCAUAGAAUGGCUUAGAUUGGAGGGGACCUUAAAGAUCACCUAGUUCUAACCCUCUGCUGUAGGCAAGGUUGCCACCCACCAGCUCAGGCUGCCCAUGGCCCCAUCCAACCCAGCCUUGAACACCUCCAGUGAUGGGAACCCACCACCUCUCUGGGCAAUCUGUUCUUGCAUCUCAUCACUCUCUGAGCACAAACUUUCUUCCUAACAUCCAAUCUAAGUGUCCCCUCUUUUAGAUUAAAGCCCUUGAACCCUCGUCCUAUCACCACGUGAAAGUAAUCAGUCUCCCUCUUGCCUAUAAGCUCCCUUCAUGUACUGGAGGUACAAUGAGUCACCCCACAGCCUUCUCUUCUUCAAGCUAAACAAGCCCAACUCUCUCAGCCUGUCUUCACAGGAGAGGUGCUCCAGGCCUCUGAACAUCUUCAUGGCCCUCCUCUGAACCCACUCCAACAGCUCCACAUCCCUCCUACACUGGGGCCCCAUACCUGGAUGCAGUACUGAAAAUGGGGCCUCACAAGGGCAGAACAGAUGGGGACAAUCCCCUCCUAGCUCACUGCCAGCUCUCUGUUGAUGCAGCCCAGGAUACAUUGGUCUUCCAGGCUGCAAGUGCACACUUUUGGCUCGCAUUCAUCUUUUUGUCCAACAGGAUCCCUUACUCCUUCACCAUAGGGCUGCUCUCAAGUCCUAUUCCCAGUCUGUACACGUAUCCAGGUUUGCAUCAAUCCAAGUGCAAACAAGCCAUCAAGCCUCUCUAGGGAUGGCUAAAAAAUGUAGUGCUCACUCAAUUGUUAUUACUACCUGGGCUUAGUUUGGAUCUUUUCAAUACAAAUUUAAGCUGCAGAAAGUUGAUUUGCCUUUUUGGUUGCAUGCAAUCUUGAUAUGAAUCUGGAAACUAAAGAAGAAAACAGAAGAGAUAUUUAAAAGGCACCAGGUAGAAGCACUGAGGCAAGGAAAAUAAGGGAUCACUUUUUCCCCCACUAUCCUUCUUGCUCCUAACCUAUCACAGUCUAUCGAAAGUAUACAAUAAAUGGUGCACAACAUCCUCUUGGGACAAAUUGGCAGGGCACGUUUCUAGAUAAGUCCUGGCAUGAGAUGCAGGACAGAAGAACACGAAAGCUUAAAGAGCACAGAAAUGCCUGUAAUUACAGUGGGUAGAGCUUAUGGCAGAAAAAGUGAUGCUCUGCAGCUUCCUCCUGAGUCCAGCUCAAGACACCAUGCCAAACAGCUACAGAGAAAUGUAGAAGUAUUAAGAAUGCCAAACUAUAAACAAAAACGAGUAAAAGUAAAGGCAGACACUAUUCAAUCCCCUAUUCUUCAUAGAAACCUCUGAUGCAUAGGUGACUGUGUAAUCACACCCUCCCAGUGGGCUGUAUGGCUUGCAAUGUAAGAAACACUUAUUACAGACAAGCACGUCAGGAACAGAUAAUGAGAAAAUCAAGGGUCCAUAUGCCUCCAAGAAAGACUCAGUUAUACCAAGUGAUUUGUAAGACCUUCAGGCAGGUCUGUCCUUUUCAUAAAUAGAUUAUGCUAUGCAAAGUCACAAUGCUACUGAGUUACAGUGACAUUACAAAUCUGUGCAGAUUACUGUACACUCCAUGUUGUAGAAUAUGUAUAUGAUAUUCAUCUAUAUCAGGCCUUCUGUUCAUGCAGUCUCCAGAAAUGUAAGCUGACACAAACACAUCUGACCAAAACAAAGUUGGUCAGAGGCACUUGCACAGAUUGCAUAGAGAUGAGGCGGGUGCCCCA